GAGUGAAGGAGAGAGUGGUUGAAACAUUAACAGGUUCCGCCCCUGUAACUUUCCCCUCACAGUCCAGCAGGCCUCUAACUUUCCUCAGCUCUCCUGAAGCCUCCUGUGUCCUGUGUCCUGUCCUGUGUCCUGUGUCCUGUCCCGUGUCCUGUGUCCUGUCCCGUGUCCUGUGUCCUGUCCUCAUGGCUCUCAUUUCCACUCUGACUCCGGUGUUUGUGGCCAUCCUGUGCGUCGUCAUCGCCUUCAUCCUUAAAACGCGGCGCAGGUCGGAGUCUUCCUCAGCUCAGAAGUCUUCCAGCGGCGCGGGAAGCGGGACAGAAGCCCGGCCGUGGGUGGACGAGGACCUGCAGGACGACACCGAGAUCAGCGGCAGAGAAAACGAAGAUGAUGAUUGGGCAGUUGAUGAUUGGACAGAAGAUCUCCCCCACGUUCCAUACACUCCUCGUCGCUACCCCGAGGAAGAAAUGCUGGAGCGCUCCAAACACUUCUACACACUUUUGAACGAGCGCCGAUCGGUCCGCUUCAUCAGCCCAGAACCCGUGCCUCGAGAGGUGAUCGAUAAUGUGAUACGCGCUGCAGGCACGGCCCCAAGCGGUGCUCACACCGAGCCCUGGACGUUUGUGGUCGUGGCUGAUCCCGAGACCAAACACAAAAUCCGAGAGAUUGUGGAAGAGGAGGAAGAGAUCAACUACAAACAGAGGAUGGGAGAUAAAUGGGUUCACGACCUGCGCAGACUCCGGACUAACUGGGUGAAGGAGUAUCUCGACACGGCGCCUUAUCUGAUCCUCAUCUUUAAGCAGACAUACGGAAUAAUGCCGGAUGGAAAGAAAAAGACUCAUUACUACAACGAGAUUAGUGUGUCCAUCUCGUGUGGGCUCCUGCUAGCAGCUCUGCAGAACGUGGGUCUGGUGACGGUGACCUCCACACCUUUAAACUGUGGGCCGCAGCUCCGUGUCCUCCUCCACCGCCCAGCCAAUGAGAAGCUGCUGAUGCUACUUCCUGUCGGCUACCCCGCUCCGGACGCCACCGUGCCCGAUCUCUCACGCAAGGACCUUAAGGACAUCAUGGUGUUUGUGUGACGUCAUUAAAAUCCACCUGUCCAGAUUCAUAAUAUCUCUGUAAUAGACAUCGGGAAAAAAUUUAAACAACAAAAUGUUUAUAUACUGGGAAGAAAUGUUAGCUGUAUUCAGAGUUAGCAAAUUGAGUCCAAAAAUUAGGUCAGAUUUUAUGCAUGUGAGAAAGUCGCACGUGUUCAGACUCAGGUUACGCAGUCGUUAAUGUGACUCACGUGUGUAGUUCACGCUUCCGAGGAUCUUUCUUGAGUGAAAAACAGCCAGGAUGAGGUUUUUAAGCUCACUGAUUCAAAACACAAGCACUUCCUUCCUUUAAGCCACCAAAAAAAAAAUCAGGGAUAGAAAAUGCGGACUUAAUACUGCUCCUCGCUUGAGUGAGAAAUUGAAUGUAACCGAGACACGCCUUUGUUUUUGUCAAACUCCGCCCACUUGUGCAACUCUUGUGCAGCACUUAAGACUGUAGUUACGUCUGAGGUCUGAAUAUCGGUUUGCACAAUUUCUGUAAGUCCUCACUACACACACUUACCUCGACUGCCCAUACAGCGGAUUAACGGCUUCAUCUCUUUUCUAAAAAAAAAAAAAAGCUACUUUAGCUGUGUGUCAUAAUUUGUUAAAGGAGCGGUGUGUACUUUAGUUUCUUGGUAAAUUGCAAUAUAAAUAUUGCCAAGUCUUAAUCUUUAUAUUCUAAGUCCUGAUGCUUAUGAUACAUACUUUUUUAAGCAAAUGACACAGAGUUGAGCAGCUUUGUUUUGUGUAUGAGCAGGGAUUAUUUCUGGCCCAGAAAAAUUCAAAAAGAAGCCUGAAAUGAAGCACAUAGCCAGAGCCAUUGCAAAACUGUAUUGUUGCAAUGGAAAAUCUGUUGCAAAUUUUUUUUUGUUGCAUUUGAAAUUAUAUGAUUGUUAUAGGUCUGGAAACAUUACAAACAUACUACAAACUGCACCUUUAAAUCUUUUAAACCUUUUAAUGACUAUGUUCCUAUAUUUUUGACAUGACUCAUAUAAAGCUUAAUAAUUAGCUGGUUUGUUGCAUUUGAGUGUUUGAUGUUUGCUUGUACAUUAGCAGGUCUCAUGCAUGUAAGAAGACAAAAAAGCAAACCAUAUCUGUUUUUUUAGCUUGAGUUAUAUUAAAAUGGAUGUGCAUUAUGUUA